UAUUAUAUAGGAGAGAAUCUAAAUUGAUUACAAUUUCUUUUCUUGGUGAAAUCUUUUUUGCGAGUAAAUAGAAAAAAAUAAUUACAGGGAUUUGGUUUUUAUUGUACAUGUUAAUGUUAAUGAUGAACUAAUAAGGUAUUGACAAGUAAAAUUGAACUGAAUAUUCUGUCUUGUACUCAAAUUUGAGUUCUCUUUCUCUGUCUCAUCCAUUUCACUUUUUUUUUGGUCUGUCUCCCCCAUUUUUUAGAGAAAUCAUAUUCAAUAGUAACAGAACGUGUCUCGUAAGUUUUUAUUAAUGGAUUAAAGAGAAACUUUUUCUUCUUCUGCAAAUAUUGGAUUAUGGAUCGUGGCAUCAAAAUCUGAUUACUGUUUCAUCAGCUUCUUUGUUGUUAAUGGCGGAAGCAAACGAGAGAAGUAGAGAAAUGGCGAGAAGUAAUAGUUGUGUGUUUCCAAGAGAUCUACUUCAGAGAUUUAUCUCUAAUUCUGUUGAAGGUGAAGAUGAUGAUGAAGAAGAAGAAGAUGAUGAGAUCGAGUUAAAUCUUGGCUUAUCUCUUGGUGGGAGAUUUGGAGUUGAUAAGAGUAAUAAUAAUAAGCUUGUGAGAUCUUCUUCCGUUGUUGUGACGAUGCCUCUGUUUCGGGAAGAUCAUCAUCAUCAUCAGGCGGCGGCGAUGAUAACGACGAAGGUUUCGACGGAGACGGUGGCGGGAGCGACGAGGGGGACGGGUUUGAUGAGAACGACGUCGUUGCCGGCUGAGUCGGAGGAAGAGUGGAGGAAGAGGAAAGAGAUGCAGACUUUGAGAAGAAUGGCGGCGAAGAGACGGAGAAGCGAGAAGCUUCGUACCGUCGCCGUCGCCGGUGGAGGAAACAGUAAUAAUCCGGAAGAAGCUGUCACUGCCACCACUUCGAGACGGCGAGGUAGACCAUCGUCAGGACUUCCUCGGUGGUCAGCGACGGCUAACAAAAGCGAACUUUUGCGGCAACACAGCGCUGCUCUUGAUUCACUACAAGUUUCCGUUGAAUCUCAAGGCGGAGGAGGAGGUGGAGGAGCCGCCGGAAGUUCAUCGAGCGUCUCCGAGUUGGAAACUAAAGCGUCGAGCGAUGAAGCAAGAAGCUUACCAUCAACGACACAACAACAAGAAACAACCACAAAGCCAACAAAUCGGCUGCGAAGAUUGAGUUCAGUGGACAUGAACAUGAAGAUGGAGCCACAAGGGAAAGGAAAAAGUGAGAUGCCAUGUGUGUUUACAAAAGGAGACGGACCAAAUGGGAAGAGAGUUGAUGGGAUUCUUUAUAGAUACGGUAAUGGAGAAGAAGUUAGGAUCAUGUGUGUUUGCCAUGGCGAUUUCUUGUCUCCGGCCGAUUUCGUUAUACAUGCCGGUGGUCCUCAUGUAGAUCAUCCUCUUAGACACAUUGUUGUCAACACUUCUUCUCCUUCUAAUCUCUUAUAAUAGACCAAAACCCCUCUGAUCCAACCCACUUUUGUUUAGAGAAGAUGUUUUUAAGAGUCUCUGGUCAUUUCUCAAUUUUUAAGUUAUAUAUGUAUUUUUAUUACUUUAUACAGAGAAGAGAAUUAAGGAGACAGAAACAUCAUUUAUAUCAGUUUCAAGAGAGUAGAAUGAGAA